AAUAGGCCAUGAUCGAUUGACACCCAAAGUCAAAUAAAUAUUUGUUUUUCUCAUUUUGAAUUCUCCAAGUUCUCAGCCCCAGCCAGUGACUUGCAUGUAGUAGGUGGGCAGUCAGUAUUGGGUGAAGUGAAUGUAUGUGAAGAAUCCGAAAUUGCCACGGGUCAAUGGGCAUUUGGGAAGGUUAGAAGUCGAGUCUGAGGUGUCCAGCCAUGAUCUCUGCUCGGUUUCAGAAUCUUGAAAAGAGAAUGAUUGCGUGGUGGGGCAGGUUUGCUUUUUCCCAGUCCUUUUCCAUUUGUGCCGAAAGGGGCCUGCAAGGAAUAAAAAGCAUAAUAUUAUGAAAAGAGCUAUAUUUAUUCCGCUCAUGAGUAAAGUGUUAGAUGCUCUUGGCUUCUCUGUCUGUGAAUCAUGAUGUCUUUUCUCCCAUGAAGGAUAAAUAUGGCAUUCAUUCCAACCCAUUUAGCCCAUUAUUCUUUUGUAUAUAAAAUAGGCCCAAUUAAGACAUUCUUUUGUUAAUUUCUACAUUCUGUGUGUGGCUAGAAAGAGUUUAAAAAUAUCCAUUGCAGCAAAUGUCUUUGAAUGCCUCUUGCAUAUAGAACAUACCAUUCCCUGCCUCCCCCCAAUAUUCACACUUAAUGAUGGAGGUUUUAUUUUGCUCCUCGAACAGGUACAGAGAGGUAUCUUCCCACUGGCCCACGUUCAGAUCAAAGUGUCUGCAAAUAUCAGCAUCUUGUUUGACAAACGUUUUCCAUUUUCACCCAGAUGUUUGGCACUGUCUAAUUCGAACUGCAGAGAGCUUUUUUCCCUCUUCUUGUGAUGAUUCAUUCGCAGUUGUCAAGGUAGACCCCAAGAGAAGGGGGUGAAAUGUUGACAUUUUUCUGCAAGAUGAAAAAAGAGAAAAGAAACUGCUUUCUCUUUGCUUACAGUAAUUACGCUUAACCAAAAAGUUCCAGUAUGUGCUUAAGAUACUCCAUGCAAUUCCACUGUUGCAUUCAGCAGUGCUUCCCGGGUCCCUGUUCCUUUUUGUAUUCUUUUGGGGAGUUUGCCGUUUCCUUGUCCCUUCCACAGAACAGGGACGAAGUAGCUCCUUCAGGAAAGGCCAGACAAAGGGAAAGCAUUUUUAAGGAUCGUCCCAGGGAACGGGACUUUAAUUCACUGCUCUCUCAUGCUUACUCCUUCUAAAAUGUUUACUGGGCACCUCUGGAAGAUAAAAUUGCCAUUGUCCAUUGUGUGUGCAGAGCAGCAAGCCCCAAGACGCUCUAAUAGUUAUUGGAAAGAUACAAUAGAUUCAGCAAGGUUGCCCUGAAUGACAUUACAAGGCUCUCUAUUUAAAAAUUGUCGCUUACUGUGACAGAAUGAUCACAUAGGAUGUUUUUAACUGAGAUGAAACACGGUAAGACAGAAACGGUGUUGAGGAUGUCUGAUCCUCCCCCAGGACUCACUGUCAUUUUGUUCUAUUGCAUGGCUAAUCCUAUGAGAAGAAGGCAGACUUCAUUAUUUUUCAGAGGAGUUCUGGUCCUCCUCUUGGUAUAGAUCUCUUCUGCAAAAUUGUACUGCAGGGUUCCGGGCUCUAAAAUCCUAACUGAGGCAGAUCUGGCACGUCCCAAGUGCACUCUACCUUUUCGGUCCUUUUUGUUACUAUUCCUAUUAUUAUCAGGCCACUGAAUGCUGGCUGGUCUCAGGACAAUGACAGGAUGUACUGUCCUCUCAGACAGCUUAGUCUUGUAGGGCCCGAAAGCUUCAUUAUUGAAAAUUGCAUUUGCCUUUUCUUUCUUUCAUUUACUUCGGUGGGGAGGAAAAAUGUUGAGUGGCUACUAGAUGGAGGCUGCUUUUCUUUGUAGGUAAUUCAUUUGGUCCAGAAGAGGGGAGUGCACACAAAUCGACCCAAUACACUUUGGGGACUGCUGGGGGCCGGUUCAGAGAGAAGAGGUUGCUAGUCAGGAUGGGUUCUCUGCUGCCAAGUUAGGCUCUUGGAAAUCAAAGCCCCAGUGUAUGCCUUGGCCCUUGUUUGCCCCCUCCUCCCUAGUCCCUCAUUGGUCAGCUGGCUGUGCUGGAGGUGGCUGAUUGACAGCAUGCAGGAAUUCCCCCCAGUAUAAAUAUAGCCUAGUGCAGUUACAGACUUCUCCCAGACCCCUGGGGCUGAGGACUUUCUGUUAGGAAUGUCCGCACACUGUGCAGAGGAAGGAAGGCAAUUUCCUUUCCUUCGCUUCCUCUACUACAGCUUUGGAGGAGAUCUCUUAGUAGACCUGUCUGACAUCUCUCAGGACUUGGAAGAAGCCCCUUGCUCUUCCACAGCCUACCCAAGACACCUGCCUUUCCCUAAGAUGUUUGAGUUCCUGAAUGCAAUAAGAGAACUAGAUGACAGUCACUAUGAUCAGGACCGGAAUGCUCUUAAAAGGAAAGAAUGGGAACGACGUUCUCAAGAAGUUCAGCAAGAUGAGGAUCUCUUUGCUUCAGGUUUCAGUCUUUUUGGGGAACCCUACAAGACAAACAAAGGUGAUGCACUUGCCAGCCGAGUCCAGAACACACUGGGAAACUAUGAUGAAAUGAAGGACUUAUUAACCAAUCAUUCCAAUCAGAGUCAACUAGUUGGAAUUCCCAAGAAUUCUAUACCCCAGACUCCCACUGAAAAAAAUGAACAAAGCUUUUUUCCUGAUCAAAGAAAUCGAAUGAUUGCACCUCAUCAGGGCAGUAGCCAGUCAGUGCCUCUUCUGUCUUCAGUGACCUCGAGUUCAAGUCACCAGAACAUCAGAAAACCAAGAGCUGAUUGGCCACGAGCUGGCCAUUGCUCCACCAUUACCCAGGCAAGUCAGUCUACUGGUCUGCCAAAUCGAAUGAAACAAAGCAAUCCCCAUGAUCAGCCUCAAGGCAGAUAUGAAGACCUGUUCAACUGUCAAAGUGACCAACACAAAAAUGGAGGAAUGGAGGACGCGAGCAUGUCAACAUCGUCCUCGAAUUCAAGAAGACUUAGUCAUUCCAAGGCCAGUGGUGGAGAUCAUUUUUAUAAAGAAAGCAUCCCUUGCCCAUCCCCAAUAGAUUUUGAAUUUUUAGCAAAUGGGCCUAUUUCUCCACUCUCUUCCACAUCUUUACUCUCUUCGGCCAGUAGUCUUUCAGUCCAAAAUUUUCCACAAGGCCUUUACUGCAAAACAAGUAUGGUUCAGCAGAAGCCUACUGCUUAUGUGAGGCCUAUGGAUGGUCAGGAGCAACUCCCAGACUUCUCCCCUGCACUGAAGCCGCUGCUAGAAAUUGAGAGUGGAUAUUCAAGUCAAACAUUUGGGACAUUGCUGGAAGGAAAACCUAGUGCAACCACUGCAAAGACUAAACUCCCAAAGCUCACCAUUCCUCAGCCAAGUGAAAUCAACCUUUCUAACGAUCCGAACUGCGUGGAAGAAAUUUUGAGGGACCUUCAGCUUUCGACCUCGGCAUACAGCGUGCAAAAGUGGAGUGACCCUGAGAUCAAAGCAGCUACCAAACCCCCUGUGCCACAGAAGUCAAUGCUUGAAGACGACCUGAAAAUUAGCAGUGAUGAGGAUGAAAUUGAGCAGGACAUUGAAAAGGCAAAAACCAUGGACAUUCCUUCAAAUGAUUUCGAAGGAGGCAGUUCAUCCCUUCAACCUGUAGAAAGACAGGAAAAUUUUGUUGAAAAGCACUUAUUGACUGCAGCCCUUAAUAGCCCGACUGUUCCGCCAGCUCCUGAGCCAGUCGUCAUCCCCUCGAGUGGGGGAUCUGAAAGUUCCAGUUCUGACAGCAGUUCGGAGUCUGAUUCUGACAGUGAGAGCUCUUCGAGUGACAGUGAGGGCAAUGAGGAAUCUCGCAGCAACACGCCGGAGCCAGAGCCUCCUUCGACCAACAAGUGGCAACUUGACAAAUGGCUGAACAAAGUGAACCCUCAGAACAAGACAAUUAUAAGCAACCAAAAUGAGACAUCCAAUGAGAACAAUCCUCUACUUUCCAUCACCCCACAAACCGAAGUACAGAAUAAGGCAAAAGUCACUCCCGGCCUGUUCCAGAUCGAACCCAAAGAGAGGCCUCUCCUCAGCCCUCUCCGGGAGAAAGCUCGACAACGGCUCAUGCAGAAACCACCACCUCCUCCUCCUCCUCCUCUAGAGGCCAAAACCUCCAGGCAGAAGUCACCUGCUCAAAAUGAAGCAGCCUCACAAAAGAUUAUAGUCAAAAAGCAACCCCAAAAGGUUGAAAGAACACCCAGCACUGAAGAAUACCCCUGGUCUAGACCAAAUAUUCAUCCCAGCAACACUCCCAAAGAAAAAGACACACUGGAACACCCAGAGCAGGCCAAAGCACGGAAUAGAGCAGCAGUUGGUAAACUGGCUCCACGGAAAGAACCCAAACUCACUGCCGCAUUUAUUGCCGAAAAGAAGAAGUUUAGAGGCCCUGGAAAGAUCGCUCCCAAGUCUCGAGAAUUUGUUGAAACUGAUUCCUCGACUUCAGAUUCAAAUACUGACCAAGAUGAAGCCUUACAGGUCAAACCAGUGCCUCCUUGUCCCACUUUGACCAGUGCCCUCAAACCCAAGGAGGCGCCGAGCAACACUAUUUUCAAUGUCAGCACUUUAACAGGAAGCAGCAGCAGUUGCAGCAGCAGCAGCAGCCUAUGUCUGGAUAUCGCCACCAAUGAGGUGGAGGAGCCCCUUUUCUCACCUCUGCCUAUUGGGCAAACCGAACUUCUAUCCCCAAUACGUGAUUAUGACGACACUAAAGCACUUUGGGUCAAAAUAGAUCUUGACUUACUGUCUCGAGUACCUGGUCAAGAUCCACCCGAAACCACUUCCAUGAAGAGUGAACCCAGAGAUAACAUUAAACCACCGCAAACACAAACACCACAGAUCCCGCAGGCCCGUGAGUCACCUGGCCCUUCAUUUGCUGAUAAGAUGUCUGGGAAGAACAAGAGAAAGUUCAAGCCAUCUGACCAUUUGGAUCUGUUCCCUGAGAACAAGAAGCAGCGACUAGAGGAUGGCCCAGUUUCCUCUCUGUUUCCACCAUGCAUAUCACCAAUACCUAGUAGUCAAAGAUUCCCAAGCACUAAAGAAAAUGUUCUCGCAAAAAAAGUGGCUAAGAAGAGAGAUGACAAGCUAUUCCCACCUCCACUGUCCCCAUUGUCGGAUGAGCCCCUACAUCGACGCAUCAGUUCUGAUAGCAAGAGUUCCUUCAGUCAGGAAGUUUUCAUGCCUACUGCUUUUCCUGCUGCCAGUUGUUCUUUUGCCAGGCCCAGAAAGAAUGAGAGCAAGACCCAUUUAAACUUCAGGAUAUGUGGUGAAGAUACUUACAAUCGCGGCCCCAGCAUUGGGCUUCUGAAUAGUAAUCAACUAGAGAUGGCUACUUGGUCUUCGAUGUCUUCAAUGGCUAAUGGGAGUGUAGAGACUAGAAGACCUCGGAUUCAUUUUGAUAACAUGCCUCACAGCGCUGACUAUUACAUGCAGGAGGCCAAGAAGCUCAAGCACAAAGCUGAUGCACUGGUGGAGAAGUUUGGCAAGGCUAUCUAUUACACUGAUGCAGCCCUCUCCUUCAUCGAGUGUGGCAACGCAAUGGAGCGGGACCCAUUGGAGGCGAAAUCUCCAUACACCAUGUAUUCCGAAACUGUGGAGCUCAUCAGGUAUGCCCUGAGACUCAAGAAUUUCACCUGCUCCUCUUCUACCGAGUGGGACAAGAGGCUUGCAAUUUUAUGCUACCGAUGCUUAUCACUCCUGUACUUGAGAAUGUUUAAACUAAAGAGGGACCACGCUAUGAAGUAUUCUAGAUCUCUGAUGGAAUAUUUUAAGACUUCCUCCAAGGCUGCCCAGAUACCAUGGGGAAACUAUGGAAAGAGUGCAGAAGUAAUGUCGCCAUUGUCCCUGAGCCCUUCAUCAUCAAAUGCUUUACCAUCCUUGGGACCUAUUGUCAUUCCUCACCGAAUCCACCACAUGGCUGCUAGCCAUGUCAACAUCACUAACAAUGUGCUUCGAGGUUAUGAACACUGGGACAUGGCAGACAGACUGACCAGAGAGAACAGAGAAUUCUUUGCAGAUCUCGAUUCACUGAUGGGGCCUUUGACUCAACACAGCACAAUGACGAACCUGGUUCGAUAUAUCCGCCAAGGACUCUACUGGCUUCGCCUAGAAGCCCAUCUGUCCUAAUUAAGUUGAACCAUCAUCAACAUCAUCCCAUGGUUCUACCUCUUCCAACGCACUGACGAUCACUGGUGGAACUCCACUUAUUUGGGAAACAUUUUUUGCUUUGUGUGUUCAUUUUCAUGCCUCUUUUGAUAUCUGUGGGAAUAAGGAAUCAUUCAAUGUAAGUGGACACUACAUCUCCCAAGUAGUAUAUGUUAAGUCUAUCUAGCUAUUCUGGGUAAUUCCUACUACAGCAUUCCAACUGUGUACCCCUCCUAUACUUUACAGAACACUCCAUUCCCUGCAGUCAUGUUUCAUGUCCACACUGACUAAAACUAAAAAAAAGGAAAGAGAGCACUUUUUGAAGAUGACGGAUUCCUGAGAAAUAAAGCAUAAAUGUUUUCCCUAUGUAUAAGAUAAUUUAGACACAGAGAACCUGCAGAGAUUAAAAUUUUAUAAAUCAUAUAGCUGUCCCCCAAAUCUAUACUCAUAUGAGCCAGAAAAAAAAUAGCCUUUUACUGCUUCAUUAUUGGUCAGGAUUCAUUCCUGAGGGUUUGUGCUCUCCAUUGAUCUUCAGUGACAAUUUUCAUUUUGAAACUUCCUGGGGAGAUGUCCCAAUAAUAUCUAAGUACCAAUAGUGAUAGAAGACAAAGCAACACAGCAGUGCCACUCUAAAAAUACUAGCCAUUAAGCUAUUAGAGGGUUUGCUUGGUUGUCCUUUGUUUUCACCAGCUGUCCUAAUUCUCUGCUGUCAGGUAGUAAAGAACAAAAAAGGAUAGGAGAGAGUGAUGGCAUUUGUUUUGAGUGGUUUGGGCAGUCUACUGGCUUGUUCCCUUUCCAUUCUGGGACUUCACACAGUUUUAGUCUUUCCCUAGACUUCACUUGGAGAAGGGCUCUCUUUGGCAGUAGAGAUUGAUUAAAAUAUAUAAAUAUAUAUAUAUAUAUAUAUAUGUAUAUGUGUGUAUGUGUAAGUGUGUGUGUAUAUAUAUAUAUAUAUAAUUAUAUACAUAUGCCUCAAUGGGAGGUACAAAAUCUAAUGCUACAUUAUAGACAUGACUACUGCAGAUGAGAGUCAUCUGGAGGGCCCUUGAACCAGUCAUUAACCCUGAUAAUGCCUGCUUUAGAGCCAUUCCUCAUACUCUGUUGGCAGGUUGGCACUUUUUCAUAAAAUUGACAAAAAUACCAAGUUUCCACUACCUAGAAGUAAUACUAUACUGUUUAAUGACCUAUAGUAUUUGGCCCUCUCAGCCCCCCAAAGUUCCCAUUGUCAUGUGGGUAUUUUUCCUGAUUAGUCAGUCAAUUAGGGUUGAUUCCAUGCAAGUCUACACCAUUAUGAACCAAUUCAGAGGCAAUCCCAAAGAAAAUUACCAAUGAUCUAAAUAUUUGUGCACCCAUUUUGUUUUUUGCUUUGAAGGGAAAACCAAACAUAUCACACAAUUUGGCCACAUUUCUCCAUUAGUUACGACUAACCACCCACACCUUUUACCAUGCUUAAAAUUGAAUUUAUGUCCAAAAAUACUGCAGUGGAAAAUUAAUACUGUCUGUCUCACCACACACCUAUAAAAUAUCAUCCAAACAUUAGCUAAUCAUAACUAUCUCCUAAUAUAAAACCCAGAAUAUUCUUUAAUCUGCUGUUCAGAUCACAGUUACAGAUUACAACUGCUGUUGAGUUACAGCCAGAUAAAAAUGUGAUUUUCAAUCUGAUCUUGUAUAUUGGGGAUGAGAAUUUAAGGAAGGCAUAUUCAUAAUGGUAUUCUUCUAGAGGCAGGGAGGGACACACAGGCCUCUGAAUUGUAAGAAAACCGGCCUGGUGGUCUUGCUAGGAUUCAGGUCCUAAUCCAUCAGCUCUGUGCUCAGCAAGGCCAUUGUCUAGACUUUUAUAUUCAACACAGACAACUAUAAUCCGACAUUACUGUGGACUACUGAAUAGAGACUUCUCAAAAUUCAAUCUCCACAAACACCAUAUCAGAGUACCAGGGGCAGUUUCCCAAGGAAACUUAAGUGUUAGUUUUCCCUGGUCACUUGUAGAAGAAUGAUUCAUCUCUGAUUUCCGGAUAUUUUCAUCUCUCCUUGACAUACGACAGGUAGGAGACAAAGAAAUCUCCCACCUGAUUUUGCCACCUCCGGUGGCUAAAUUUAAAGGCUCUGCCAAUGGCAGUGGCAGUGGCAGCGGCAGCGACAAUAUCCUAAAGUCUGACAGACGAGUUGAGGCUUAGCAGCCAACUCAUACUUGACCAGUCCUAUUUCAAAAACAGCUUAGUGAAUAGUUCAACAUGGAGAGCAAACCACUCUCUUAUCCAGAGGGGAUGAUGCUUUUGGUUUCUCUAUUAAGGAUUCGUACUGGUUUAUCAUUUGCAAUGUGGUAACUGGAGUUGUCUGUAAUGUGUCUUAGUUAUGGAGACAUUCUAGGGUUGGCCAUGUUGAUGUGUUAAGUACAGCUUAAAUGCUCAGAUGAGAAUAGAGCCCAAGGCCUUUAAGGUGAUGGUGGAGAGAAGCCAGAUGUCUCUCCUUAGACAUGUUUUCCUGUCACUUGUCUAAGAGCAAGGGAAUGGUUCUAGAGUAACGCCAUGGAAUUGACUUCAGCUGGAAGGCAUAUUUAGGAAAGCCAAGUACUUUGUAAGCUCCAUCAGCGCUAAUACAGAGAAACCACAAUCCUCUUCUCUAUGAGUACCACCCAGGCACAGUCCAAUACCCUCUUUGGUAAUCCAAAAUGCCAAAAGUGGCAGUGUAAAAAGUUUCUGUAUGGCUGUAGACUUGGAUUUUUUUUUUGGAUACUGUUAAUUAGCUACAAAAUUCAUUAGUGACAUUGUCAUUUUACUGUCUUGGUGUGGUAGGUAGGAUUAUUUUGAAAAUCAUUUACUAAUGCAAUGCUAAGGAUAGAAUUUCACCAUUAAGUAUGUUGUUAGCCAGCUUGUAGACAGACUGUUAAUCACCAAACCAUUUGAUUGAGAAAACCAGGGUCUUUUUUUCUGAUUGGAUGACACCAUUGCAAUGGUAGAUUGGUUGUUGCUAGUGGGAAAUGAUUCAAGCUGGAGGUCCCCUUUUUCCAUCAGAAUAAAAUGAUGUACACCCUCCAUUCGUAAGAAAGUGGCUAAAUUAGAGCUUUUAGUGAAAUUGUGUUUUGAUCAUACUUAGGGACAUUCUAUCAAGGAACCAUAUUUCAUUCACACUAUCUUAACUGCUUUGAAAAGAUUUUUGAUCAUCUUUCCUGCCACGAAUUCCUUAUGUUUUAUUAAAAUUCCCCUUCUGGAGAUGGUGUUGGAGAGCAAUUUUUAAAAUCAUGAAUGGAGUUCCCAGGGACUAGUUACCAAAUAACCCACUUCUUAACAGACACAGGGACUCUAUGACCUUAAAUCAGUUGUUUGCCCCUCUCUGGGUUGGGUCCUUUUCAUCAUCUCUGAAACAACAAAGGGAGUUGGAUCCGGAUUGUUCUUAUCUAGGGCCCUUCCCACAUCUGUGUUUCUGGGUGAAGGAGCUGGACAAGAUAGCCAUUCAUCUCUAGCAUUUGAUGACCCUCUGUUUCAAACAGUGGGUUGUUUCCAUUUAUAUAUCUAUACAUACACACAAAACAACCUUUUACAUUUAAUUAUAACAAAGUUAAACCAGUUGCUUGAUGGAAGGCAGCUCAAACAACUGGCUGAAUGAUAGAUUUUUUUUUUCUUUUUGCACUUCAACUGAUACUACCUUAACACAGCCUUAUUUACAUACUUAAUAUCAAUUCAUUUUCAUUGGGAUUAGCAAUAGAAAUAGCAUCUUCAUAUUUGACAUCCAUUAACAGGUAGGUGAAUAGAUUAGCUAGUGUCAGAUAGUAGUUAUUUUAGGGUAAAGAAAGAGAGCUGUCCACUUCCUUUUCCGUUUUCCACCUCAUAAACAUGGAGGCCCUCUUAAAAUACCAUCACGUUUUUCUCAGUAAUCAGAUAAGUAACCGAAGAUUGCAUUUUAUGUAUAUGAGGGGAAUGGGGUGGGGGGAACCCUUCUGAGCCAGAUUGCAGUUGGGGGGAAAGGGGGAUAACCCUUCUGAGCCAGAUUGGGGGGAGGGGGGAGGCGGGGUAUCUUUCUGAGCCAGAUUGCAGUUGUAGGGAUGGGCAGGGGUGGGGGGAACCUUUGUGAGCCAGACUGCAGUAUUUGCCCCGUUUGGAUCCUGACAGGCAGGGAUAAUUGAAACCUAUAUGAGGCCCAUGUAAAGUCAGGAGAUGCUGAACUGCAUUUUCAGAAUCAUUAUAAGCAAUCAUUCUUGUAAGAUAUUAGAGCUUUCCAUUUUAUCAUCUGUGAAGUGUAGAAAAGCAACGUUUGAUAAAAUUCAUUUAAGAUGCCCAAUGCCCAUUGGCUAUUGAGUAGUACUCCUUACUUUACCCCAAGCCUUGGUAGAAGAGUUGGCCUUUGAAUUUUUUCCUUGACCUUAAGAUGGGAGCUGGAAGAUCAGAGAAAGGGUGGUAUAAUCAGGAAGCCUUUAAAAACCCCCAGCCCUCCCUAAAAGAUGGCAGAAAGGAGAACAGUGUGACCCCUUACCAAAAGUGGCAAAUGAAAGUUUUCAACCUGGGAGGAGCCCUUUCAUAGAGAUCCCAUUUCUCGUCAUCUGCCAGGCCUUGUAUUCUUUCCUCAACAAUUUAUGUUUAAGUUGGAGUGGGUAGGGUGGAAGGGGGGAACAGAGUCCCCAGACUUGGUGCCUUAAUAAGAAUCUUAGAUGCUCCCUACCUAUUUGAUUCGUGAUUAAAUUAUACCACUGGACUGAUGGAGAGGAGGAAUUCCAGCAAGGAAAUACACCAUCCACCAGCCAGAUUCCAUCACCUCUUUCAGAAAUCAGUCAACUGGAUUUCCUUCUGUAUGCCAGGGACUUACCAGGGAGGCAAGUUUCCAUCAGGUAGCCACCUAAGAAACCCUGGAACAAAUUGAGCUUGAUUUUAUUCUUCCUAUUCUCCCACCCUGGUAGAUAAUUUUUUCAUUCCAAACAAUGCUCCCAAACCCAAUCAGCAAGGCCAGUGACUGUCCCACAAGUGCAGACAGAACAUUAUCCAUACAAUAAGACUGGUUUUAGAGGGUCAUAGACCAACAGAAAUUGUUGGGGUUUUUUUUUAUUUUAUAGUCUACUCACUUUUUCCUAUCUUUUCAUAAGUACAGAAGUAUUUUUGAUCUGGUUUAGUGAGGUGGGUGAAACACAGACAUCUGAGCCCUAGGAAGAAAGAUAGUAAGAUAAAGAUAGUAAGAAAGAAGAUAGAAGAAAGCCUCCUUUAGCAGACCAAAUAAUCUGAGUUACAGAAACUCAAACUGCAGUUCCUGCUUCUAGACUAAGUAGUGGUAAUGAGCUCUAGAGUCAGAUCGGUCAGAAUCCCAACAGGGUCAAUGGGGAUAUGGGUGGGUGGUAUUUGUUGUUUUGCUUUUUUGUUGAGUUUAUUUUAAUGUCCAGAGUAUCCUUCCUAAUUAGACAUAAUAGUAUAAGCUAAUAUUUAUUGUGUUUUUUUAUGAACAUGAAACUUAGUACUUAUCACCCCAAACCCCUUUCUUCUUCAAUUAUGCUUUUAUUCUACUGACUUAGAAAUUUAAUUUCUGUAUUCAAAUUCCCAAAAUUAAGACAUAUACACUGGCUAGCCUACAUCUCAAUUCAAGUCCUAAGCUUUCCUAUAUUAAUUACAUCAUAUUCAGAACCUGUCAUGUGAAAUAAUUUGUUCUUCUAGAUGACAUCGAAAGAGCAAACUUUUGACAUUUUUAAACAUUGAUCCAGAAUGAUCUCUUCCUCAUUCUGACCUCUCAUUCAGUCAGUUUUCCAAAACAUACGGAAAUAACUGUGAUGUGUAAGACAACAUAUGCUAGCUAAGUUCUCUGCCUCCUAGGAGCUUACUAUCAGUCAUUAAUUCUGGAGAUAGUAUGAAACCAAAACAUUGGGUUCCUCCAUUUCCCAAGGAUUCUUCUCCAGCUCUUUUUCUUAAUGGAAUAUUUCAGUGCCUGGAUUUAGGUUGUUGGCUUAAUAUCUUGCAGAUUAAAUCAGUCCCUCAGCAGUAGAUGGAUUGGCUUGCAUAGACAUAGCAAGCUAGAAAUGGACAGGGUCAUCGAGUCCAUCUUCUGAAUUUCAAAGCAAGACAAUAUCAAAACAAGAGUCUUUAAUCUUGCUUUUCACCUAUAAAUCUUACAAGUGCAAUUCUUCGUAAAGAUCCAAACCGUGUAGUCUUUUUUUUUUUAUUAAGCUCAUUCCCUCCCCAGAAAAUUCUGUCCCGCCGGAUAUUUCCAAAACAGAAAUCUUUCAACUCAAAUCCUUCACAUUUCUUGGAUUCUGCAUUUGCUGCUUUUAUUCUUGACACUCUUCUUUGGAUUAGCGCUUUUAAAAACCGUUUGAUUUAACAUCCUCCUCAGAUGAUAUGAAUAUGUCACAAGUGAACUUGGCAGAGAUACCACAAAGGGAAAUGGUUCCUGGGAUCAAAGGGUACAUAAACCCCUUCACUUGGCCAAUAUCAGCUGUUUAGUGACAUUUCCCCAGUGUCUGAGGAUAGAUCUCGGAAGAACUAUUGCUUUCUUUUUCUUUUUGGACCAAUGCCUAGGUAAAUGUGAGUUUAUGGGUUGUAUUUGUUCCUGCUUCUAAGGAUAACAGGCAGAUGAGAAGUAGAUGUGUCCUGAUUUCAAACUUGCCAGUCACAACUCCCUAAGAAUCUCACCAUGUUAUCACAACAUAAAUGCAACUUCAUUGCAUUCAUUUGUCCCAUUUUAGAGCUCUGUGGCAACUGGGUUUUACCGUUGUGACUUUAUUUUGGAGUGAGUGACAUGGCUGCUGAUUGAGAAAGCAGGAUUUAUCGAUGAGUUUGAGUUGGACAUCCAGCAGUAGGCAAUUUCUCGAGAUAAUUCUUGUAACCAACCAAACUCUGAAUGGUAACAUUCUGUACAGGAAAUCUGCUGUUUUGUUGUCGCUGUUGCUGCUAUUGUUGUUGUUAUUGUUGUUUUUGCUUGUUGGGUAGAGGAGUAUUUUAGUGGUAAAAAAUUUUCAGCUCCUAAUUCCUUUGUAAAAGGAUGUCUGUCAUCUAGGGUAUUUGGUAAAGCUAUGUGAGGCUGGCUGCUGCCUAUCAGUAAAAUGUAGAUAGACACUGAUCAAGUUCCAGCAUUCCCUUCCACGCGUACAGAUUCACGAUCAGAGGGAAGGAUAGUUAGAAAUUGUUUUGGACUGUAUGUUUUUAUAAUAGACUUUCUGCGCUAAUGCUGUUCUAAAAACUCUACUACAAGCUAUUUCCUCAUAACAGAGACAUUUGAUUCAGAAUCAGAUAAGCCCCGGAGAUUUAGGGGCGCACUCUCUCUCUCUCUCUCUCUCUCUUGCCUGGCUUCUCAGAGCAUGGAUGUUGAAUUUGUAACUGGGAGGCACACGGUAGCUUCUCUCUUAUACUUGGAGCAUUUGCUAAUGUCAGCACUAGUCCAUGUGUAAGGAGCAGAAGGCUAAUUUCAUUGUGCUGUAAUGAUGACAGGGCGCUGUCACCAUUCUCUUGUUCUCACUUCUUAGCACGAAUUUAGUUUGGGGGACCAGGCAUUUUUCAGAUGAUUAAGUGUCACUGAAAGUAUGCAUUCAGCUCCAGGGAUGCACGUGCAAAGGGAUCUUUCAUCAUCCCUAUGAGGUGAGGACACUCACAAACAAACAUGAUCCUGGGGAACCAAUUGCUCCCAUGCUAUAUCAAACAACAGCUUGUGUUUGGCUUACUAUUUCUAUGCUAUUGUUGGGCUGGAUGUGUUGCUUUAAUAGAACUUUAUCUUUCCCUAAACCCAUUUCUCAGAAGGCUAUGGACAUAUCACCACGAAAGGGCCAAAACUAGAAAUGGAAGGGAUUUUCCCUUGGGUACUCUUUGGCUUGGUAGCGCACUUCUUUCUGUCCCCUGGGGAUGGCACUGACCUUUGUUGGAGAAGUGUCAUUACUCCAUACAAAGUUUCCAGGAGAAGAGAGAGAACUAGAAUGCAGGGGACAUAAUUAGAGAAUGCCAAGGGAACCCAGACUGUGGAAAAGUGUCUCAUUUGAUGUCGUGAUGUUGGAACUGGAAUUGACCAGUAUCCACUAUACCAUCUCUAAUCUAUAUCCUGAAUGUUGUAUGUCGCCUGGCCUGGUUACUCAAAACAAAGCCUCAUGAAGUCUCAAAGGUCCUCAGACCAAAGUAAGAUCCAUUUCCACAAUGAUGUCACCCCGGGUAACCAUUCAAAUUAGAGGAUCAUUUCAUAAGUUCCCUUUGAGCUUGAAAUCUCAUUUCAUCUAAAGCCAAUUUGCCUUCUGUUUUGUGCAGCUCUCCUUACAGCAAUCCACGAGGUGUCUUUGUUCUUACCAAGCAUGUGAUACUUGUCAAAUUUUCAGUAAGUUGCGCCAUUUUGUACAGGCCAGGGUAACUGUUAUAAUGCCAAGCAAUGACUACAGUGUUGUAUAGUUAUGCCGGUUGGAUUUCUUUUGUUUCCUAUGGGUAGAAUUGUUCGUGUUCUGCUUGGUUUGGGUCUUCUUUUCAGCUUUGUGUUUCCAAUGUGUUGCCCAGUUACACAUUUUGUUUCCAUUUGGUUCUGAAUACAGUAAUAUUCUGUGUAAAAACAUUUUCAAUGUAGUUUUGUGAUUUUUCCACACAGCGUCUGUAUAAAUCACAUUGGCUAUAACUAGUGCAUUGGUUUCUCUCCUAGAGGGAUUAAUUAUAGUUCCAAGUGCAUUAGGUUAUUUAAAAAAAGUUAAAUAAAAUUUCUAUUAAAGUUUAA